AUGGCUGCCUCGGAAUCAAAGCGGCCCAAACGAGGGAAGAUCUGUCGCAUGUUCUCGACGUUUUUCUCCUGCAUCCGAGGUCAAAAUAAGCCCAAACGGGAGUCUCAGACGGUGAAGAAAAACCUCCGGAGGGACAACAAGAUGACCCGGAACGAGAACAACGCUCUCCGAGGAGAAAACCGGCGCCUGUGGGCAGAGAACAAGGCCCUGCGGAGAGAGAACAAAAGCGCCCGCAUGGAGAACCAGGCGAUCCGGCAGAGGAACCAGACCCUGCAGGAGGAGAACCAGGACCUGUGGGCGGCGAGCGCCGUGUUCUUCAAGACCCCCAAGACCCCGUGGCAGAGGCUCAACGUGCUGAGCUCGGAGGCGAAGUCUUACUGGCAGCAGAACAACGCCCUGAAGGCUCAGAGCAAGGCGCUCUGGGAGCAGGAGGUGGCCUUCCGCAACGAGGCGAAGGCCCUGCAGGAGGAAAUCAGGUCCCUGCAGGAGAACAUCAAGGGCCUGCAGCACCAGAAGCGCGCCCUGCGGCUGGAGGAGCUGGCCCUGCGCAAGGAAGGAGCGGCGCUGGAGCUGGAGGAGCAGGCCCUGUGGAAGGUGGAGCAGGCCCUGCGCCAGGAGAACCAGGCCCUCCGAGAGGAAAGCGAUGCCCUGCAAGAGGAGAUAAAAGCCCUCCUGGAGGAGGCGCAGGUGCUGGGGCUGUGGAACAGGGUUCUCCGGGGGAAAGAGAGCAACCAUGCUCGCUGGGGAGAUGCCCACUGA